AUGCGUUUCCUCCCCGCCGUCCUGACGGCUCUGGCUGCCCAGGGCGCCAUCGCGAGCUCUUGGUUCUCCAAGGCUGCCUACAAUAAGUGGCACGAGACGGAGCUUGAGCGCUGGCUGUCCGACCAUGACAUCCCCUACCCUACUCCCGCCGACCGCAAGGAUCUCGAGAAGUUGAUCGAGAACAACUGGAACGACUACGUUGUCUCCCCUUACAACUCGUGGGAUACCGACCGUCUCCAAAACUACCUGAAGGCCAAGGGUCUCGAGACCGAGGGCGCCGCCAAGGCCAACAAAGAGUCUCUCGUCGCCCAGGUUCAGAGCUCCUGGUACGAGACGAGCGACCAGGCUCAGAACGCCUACCUCAACGUCAAGGACUGGAUCUUGGACAGCUGGACCGACAGCCAGCUCAAGGCCUUUGCUGACAAGCACGGCGUUCCCGUCCCCCAGCCCCGCAACCGCGACAGCGUCCUUCAGAAGGCUCGCGCCAACUACGAGACCAUUGCCCAGAAGGCUGGAGAGACCGCCUCCUACCCUGGUAACUGGCUGUAUGAGACCUGGUCCGAGUCUGACUUCAAGGAGUGGCUUGAUACUCAUGGAUUCCCCGCUCCCCAGGUUACCAGCCGUGACAAGCUGAUCGCCUCUGUCCGCCGCAACUCCCGUCUUGCUUCUCUCAAGGCUCAGGAACAGGCCGCUAGCGCUUCCGCUUCUGCUCAGCAGGCCUAUGCCACUCUCACCGACAUGGUUAUUGACGCCUGGAGCGAGUCUCAGCUCAAGGAGUUUGCCGACAAGAACGGCAUCCCUGUUCCCCAAGGCACCAAGGCCAAUGAACUGAGAGCUCUUGUCCGCAAGCACCGUGCUGACUUCCUCAACUCCAACAUUGCUGGCAAGGCCAACAGUGCUUUCGGUGCUGCAACCUCCAACGUCAACCAGGCUGCUGCCAAGGCUACCGAUGCUGCCUCCAACGCUGCUACUGAGGCCUUCAACGAGGCUGUUGGCACUUGGUCUGAGAGCCGUCUUAAGGGUUACCUCGGCUCCCGUGGCGUUCCCGUUCCCCAGGGAUCCAAGACCGAUGAGCUCCGUGCCCUUGUUCGCAAGAACCAGCACAAGGCUGCCACUGGCUGGAGCGCCUGGACCUACGAUGAUCUCUCCACCGAGAACCUCCGCAAGUACCUUGCCUCCAGCAGUGAUGCUGCUGUCAAGAACGUUGCCGACAAGAAGGACGCCACUCGCGAUGAGCUUGUCAACGCUGCUCAGUCUGCUUACAGCUCCGCCUCCUCUGCCGGCGGUACUUCCUACGCCUCCGUCACCAGCUACCUGUCCCAGGCCACCGAUGCGGUCAAGUCCAACUUCUUUGACACGUGGAGCGAGAGCGAGCUCAAGAGCUACCUUGACAGCUACGGUGUCAACGUUCCUCAGGGCUCCACUGUCAAUGAGCUCCGCGCCUACGCCCGCAAGCAGUACACGUACUUCAAGUACGGUACCUCAACUCCUUCCGAGACUCUCUUCGCUAAGGUCGCAGAGAACGUCAAGGACACCUGGAACUGGGUUUCCAACCAGAUCGGUCUUGGUGCUGACGCUGCCCAGAAGAAGGCAGCCGAGUCCAAGGACAAGGUUAAGCAGGAGCUGUAA